UCGGUGUGUGUUUGGGAGGAUUACCAUCUCUGCGCGUGUGUACUCUUUGGCUGUUGAGCGACUCUGGUUGUUUACUUUCCGCUUGUUCCCACCGAGCUCCGCACUAACGUUCAGAUAUAUAGCUCCGUUUCUCGUGAAUCUUUAUGAAUAUGCUGCCAAACAACUUGAUGUCAACAUACGGACAAGUCUCGUGCCCUUUGUAAUCACCCUGAUCGUGCUGUUAGCUGCAUUAGCUUCUCUCGUUCCGGAGAGCAGAGGUCACUUCGACAGUUCUUUGAGACCAUGGCGAAUCCCCUGAGGGCUGAGGUUGUCCGACUCUAUAAAAAUCUGCUGUACCUGGGCCGGGAUUACCCUAAAGGCGGCGAGUACUUCAGGGACCGCCUGAGAGCGGCGUUCUCUAAGAACAAAGCUGAGAGCGACCCGCAGGCCAUCCGGGACAUGAUCUCUCGGGGGGAGUUUGUGUCCCGAGAGCUGGAGGCACUCUACUACCUGAGGAAGUACCGCGCCAUGAAGAAGCGCUACUACGAGGAGUGAAGACACCCAGGACAAAACACAGCCGGGACCAGGGAGGAGACGUCACGUCCUGCUGAACCAAGAGAGACAAAGACACACAACGAGAGACAAAGACACAACGAGAGAGAGAGAGAGACAACGAGAGAGAGAGGAGGGAACCUUUGUAGAAAACCAAUUCAUUUCUCAGAAAGAAAAACAGAAUAAAAAGUCUUUAAUGUUUUGUUUCUGCUUCAGGACCGAAGAUAAGAACCUUUAAAUAAACAGUGUAAAGGA